AUGUCGUAUAAUGAUGAUAUGUAUGAAGAGGAGGAGUUAUCUGUAGAAUAUUCUUCAGACGAAAAUUCCGAACCAGAUGUAGAUCUUGAAAAUCAGUAUUACAAUGCAAAGUCAAAAAAAGAGGACAACCCACUCCUCGCGAUCGAGGAAUUCAAGAAAGUCCUCUUUAUCGAAGCAUCUGGCACGAAAGGGGAUUGGGGAUUUAAGGCGCUCAAGCAAAUGAUAAAAAUAAACUUUAAGCUAGGGCUUUUUGAGGCUAUGAUGGAAAAUUACAAAACUCUGCUUACUUACAUAAAAUCCGCUGUCACAAGGAAUUACUCAGAGAAAUCGAUCAACUCUAUACUUGACUAUGUAUCUACCUCAAAACAAAUGGAUCUUUUGCAGCGUUUUUAUACCACAACUCUUGAAGCUCUUAAGGAAGCUAAGAAUGAGCGCCUCUGGUUUAAAACAAACACUAAACUUGGUAAACUUUAUCUUGAGCUUGGCGACUAUGUACAGCUACAGAGGAUUGUUAAAGAGUUAAGAGACUCCUGUCAGACAAAUGAGGGUGAAGACGACCUAAAGAAAGGGACACAACUUUUGGAGAUAUAUGCCCUCGAGAUCCAGAUGUACACCGCACAAAAAAAUAACAAAAAGCUCAAGGCUCUCUAUGAGCAAUCUCUACAUAUAAAAUCGGCCAUACCUCAUCCGCUUAUAAUGGGUAUUAUUAGAGAAUGUGGUGGAAAGAUGCAUCUCCGUGAGGGAGAGUACGACAAAUCGCACACAGACUUCUUUGAGGCAUUUAAGAACUACGAUGAAUCGGGUUGCCAAAGAAGGACUCAGUGCCUGAAAUAUUUAGUACUCGCCAGCAUGCUGAUGAAAUCUGGCAUAAACCCAUUUGAUUCACAAGAGACUAAACCCUACAAAAAUGAUCCACAAAUUAUGGCAAUG